AUGCCUCGCCCGUCCCAUCACUGGAAGAGAGGAGCUGCGGUGACUUCUUUGAAAGCCCUGAACGCUUCCGUCUAUGCAUCCCUUCCAAAGUCUACUGAAGUGAUUUGCCAAUCACUUGCUACAUUCACACAAGGCUUACUCGGAUACGACAAGUUAAACAAGACAUAUCCAGCCGGUCCUACACCUGACAAACGGUGCCAACUGCGGCCUUUAACCCAAGCUCAAAUCAUGGCUGAUCGAACGGUUUUUGCAACAAACCCGAUGACCGCUGACGAAGGCACACCAGAGGAUUCACUUUUGGUGUUUAAAGCCUUCUGCCUGACCGAUUUGAAGAAUCAUGAAAUUCACCGAUUGACCUUUGAUUGGGCGCAGCCAGACCGGGAUACUUGGAACCGCACUAUGGCGAUAUUCAUCGUCAAGCAUUGGCAAUAUGCCCAAUUGCAAGGUUCUUUUGGCAACCAGGCAAUUACUCCCGCCCACAACACAGAAGGCAUAUGUAUUGCAAUUAGAUCAGGCAAAACCGGCGAUCUCCUGAAAAAAAUCUUCAGAAGGAGACCCGUCGGAAGAAAAGAAUGCUGUUUAAAUAUCGCGUGGUUUCGCUAUCUCGUCUUCUCUUGGCGGCUAAUAUUGGCCAAAGCGCCUCCGAGAUACUGCCUCAUCAGGACUGUUGUUCCGACACGGAAUGGCAGCCUGAAGAGACCCACUGUCCAGCAGUUGGCUUGGUUUGGCGGAGCCAAAAAUACACACAAAUACUUCAUAGAAUUGAUGAGCUCUCUUUCAAGUAUUCUGCAUCAACUCAGGGCCACCGACUUGCUUCUCAAAGGUUCGACCAAAUUCGAACCAUAG